GCAGAAAGUACAUUAUACCUCGCGUUUGGUCAAAAUAUACUGGCACUAGUCAUGUUCUCUCAUCAUCGGAGAUGAAUUAAAAAUCGCCAGAAUAUUUGCAUCCUGUGGAUAGAUGGGCACGCACAUCCGGGAUUGUGCUGUGGCUCCAGGGGAAUUGCAUCUGCCUUUAGAUAGUGCAGUGGGAAGCAUCUGAUAUAAGUGAAAUACAGGCGAGGACGGGUGGAACCGGAUUUGACAUUUCUAUUGAGUAAUCGAUAAUCGUCAAUCUGCAAAAAAUUUCUUAAUUCUUUUUCCUCCGUUGUUCAAUGGUUUAUCGCAUGGGAUUUGUGAAUUCUACGGGAUUUGUUUAUAUUUUCUGUGGAAAAUAAUGCUGAUGGCGAGUGCCUGUAUUUCGAGUGAUUAUUCUCAGUGAAGUAAUCGUGACGUAAGUUUCGUAACACCUGUUUUCAAGUUGGACGUACAGGAAGUUGUGGUUCAAAAUGACGAGGAAGUUGAGUAAAUUUCUGAUUCUCUUUGAUAACACUAAUUUGUUGUACUUCCCUGGACAUUUUCUGUCAGGGAGAGUGCUCAUCGAACUGGAUGACGAAGCUUAUGUAUCAGGCCUGCACUUCCAUGUCAUCGGCGAGGGUGUCGUUCGACUGAGGAGUCAACGAGCUGAACGAGUAUACGACAAGGAAAAUUACAUAGACUUUCGUAUGCGAUUGCUGGGGGAGCCUGGCGAGGGACCAUCACUCCUGUCCCCAGGCAUCCACAGCUUUCCCUUCAAACUGGGCUUACCACUUGGUUUACCAUCGACGUUUCUCGGUAAACAUGGAUGGGUGCAGUAUUACUGCAAAGCUGCACUCCGCGAACCCGGUGGGCUGACCCACAAAAAUCAACAGGUCUUCAUUGUCAUGAAUCCCAUCGAUUUGAAUCUCGAGCCACCAAUUUUAGCUCAACCAGCUAGACUGGAGGUGGAACAACGGGUGGGUGUAUCUUGUGUGUCCGGAGGCCCUGUCUUCUGCAGAGUCAGCCUUGAUCGAGGUGGAUAUGUCCCUGGGGAGACUAUUGGCAUUUCAGCGACUGUCAGCAAUCGCAGUAAGGUGACGAUGAAGUCAACGAAAGCAUCACUGACGGAGACUAUUCAGUACAUGUGCAGAGGAAAAGUCCUCGCAAGUGAAACUAGAGAAUUGGCUAGUGUAUCACGAGGAAAAAUUCGUCCUGGAGAGGGGGAGGAGUGGUUGAAUGAACAGAUGUACGUUCCUCCCCUACCUCCCACCAAUCUACGUGGAUGUCAUUUGAUUAAUGUCCUCUAUCAUGUUUAUUUCGUCAUAAGCCCUAAGAGCUUGGACAAGGAGAUUAAGCUCCAGAUACCAAUUGUCCUGGCGACGUAUCCACUUCGUCAGGAAGGGGCACCCGCAGGGGCUGCACCAUCUAAAAGGGGUGCACAUUACCCCUCGACAUUACCGAUAUUCAGACCCUGGCUGGACGACAAGGCUUUCGAAGUUCAAGAGUAGAAUUUAAAACUAUUGAGUCUGAAUUUUAUACUCUGUAAAUGAUAGACCAUUAUUUAUUCGUCGUACAUUUCCGCAAAAAUUCAAUGCGAAUGUGAAUGUAAUUGAUUAAUGUUGACAUGAGCGAGACUAAUGAAACUAUAUUUUGUACAGUA